AUGUCAGUGUCAGAGGCUUUUUUGCUUCUUGUUUGCAAAUCUGACAUUUCUAGAAACGAUGUUUGGCACCCCAAUCUAGUCUAUGAGUUGAAGUUAUUGGUUAUGCGCAUUUAUUUAGACGUUCUAUCAGUAGACGAAAGUAAUGUGUACUGGCUCAUUAUUUGUUGUGAUUCUCCUAGGCUUUUGACGUGGGAAGACGGACUUUGUGGUGCUUCAAGACCAAUGAAUCCCGUGGAGGGCGUUUUGGAUUCUUUUUAUUUGUGUGGCUCGAACGAGAGACCAUACCCUAUUUGCCCAGCAAGCAUUCAUAGUGGAAACCUGAGCAAUGGUGCACUUGGAGUUACAAUUGCUGAAAUGUCAAAUUUCAAUUAUGCAAUUGGACAUGGGCUUGUUGGUGAAGUGGCAUAUACCGAGAACCCCAGCUGGAUUUCAGUUGAUAACUUCAUUGCCGGUGAAAUAAGCCCCGAUGUUAUAUCAGAGUGUCCAGAUGAGAUUCUACAUCAGUUUAUUGCUGGUGUAAAGACCAUACUGCUGGUGCCAUUGGCUCCGCAUGGAGUUCUACAACUUGGGUCCUUGGAUGUGGUAAAAGAAGAUGAUGAUGUCGUUGUUAAUAUCAGAGAUGAGUUCAAUUCCUAUAAUCAGUUUGCAUCAAGCUUUACUGAAUUCGGUACUUUUUGCUUGGAGAAUUUACAUCCAUCAACAAUCAUGAAAGUUGAUGAAGACCUUGCGCCUUCCAGAGAAAUCUCUGUAGAAGGUCAAAAAACAUCAAAUGUAAGACAGGUCAUAUCUCUGGUCCAGGAUCUAAACCAGAUAUCAGGAGAUAUGAUGGCCAUAACUGAUAAAGGAAGUGAAAUUGGUUCCAGUAUUCAUGAAUUGAGUGACUUUGCGGAGCUUUUCAACCCUCAGAUGUGGGAGUUUAGUGAAUCAGAGAAACUGCUGGAUAGUUAUGAAUUUUCAUGUUCUGAUAUGGAAUUAGAGUGCCUUUCUAAUUUUAGUGGCUACAGUGUGAAAAACUGGAAAUAUCCAGAUUCAGUGUUGCAGUCUUACUCGGAUGAAUGGAUUCAUAUUUUAGAAGGCCAUGCCCAAGCAAGCUGUCUAAGUGAAAGGCAAGUUCUGAAUUUUCCUAUAGAUUGUGAACUUCAUGAAUCACUUGGUCAUGGUCUUCUAAAUCCACCAAUCCUGGAUCUGUUAGAUCAGAAUGCUAAUGUAAAUUCAGUAGGCGGUGGAAGUACCACCAGCAAUAAUGUGCCAUCUGGUGGGGAUUCUGGUGGACUGUGUCUAGAUAGGACAAAAGCUGAGUUCCUCUUGGAAGCUGUCGUUAGUGAGAUAAAUAACAGGUCAGGUUAUACUUCAACCAACAAAUUCAAAGCAGCAGCUUUGAAGUCAUCAUCCUCAGAGUUGUUGGUCUCUGAUAAGUUUGGAGAAGAUGACUUAUCAGAUGGGAGUCAAAUCCCCCACAGCUGCGUGACCACUACAUUCAGUGGGGAAGAAUCGGCAAUGGAUAUUUCACAUCUGGUGCAACCUCAAAGGAAUGGUAAUGAAGUUUUACCUCCAACCAGGAUUUCGAAGGUGGCUGAUGGGCGCAAAAAGAGAGCUCGUUCUGUCAACUGCCAAAAACCUAGACCAAGAGAUAGACAACUUAUUCAGGAUAGGAUCAAAGAAUUACGGGACCUUGUUCCAAAUGGUGGAAAGUGUAGCAUUGAUGGACUGCUGGAUAGGACCAUAAAACACAUGCAAUUCUUGGCUAGUGUCACUAACCGAGCAGAUAAACUAAGGCGGCACGUUGAGAGAAAGGUAUCCAUUCCAAAGGAUGUAAAGAUACCUAAAAUGGAAAGAAAUAACCACAAUGGGUCAAGCUGGGCUUUGGAAGUGGAAAGUGACCUGCAAACAUGCCCGAUAUAUGUCAAAGACUUAGAGUAUCCAGGUCAUUUGCUUAUCGAGAUGCUUUGCAAUGAUGACGGCCGUUUUCUGGAGAUUGCUGAUGUUAUCCAGCGCUUGGAUUUAACAAUUUUGAAUGGAUCAAUGGAGAAGAGGUCUGAUGAAAUUGCCUGGGCUCGUUUUAUUGUCGAGGUACCAGUUUUACUUGAGAAUCCCAAAAUUUAGCGAUUUAUUAAUCAUCUUAGAUGCUGUACUAAUCACAGAGUUACCUUUGGGAACUCAGGCAUCAGGAUCCUUCCACCGACUAGACAUAUUCUGGCCUCUAAUGCAGCUCUUGCAGCAGAGUCGAACUCAGAUAUCAUGCAACAUUUGAUCCUAUCAACGCUACUGGUGAAGGCUUCCACUGUCAGUGGUAUUAUUUGUUAAAAGCUUUGUCCCAGGACAUCAAAUGACAUGUUAAUAUUUCACGCUUUGCUUCCAUGGACUAUGUUCAGCUUCUGUUUAAGAAUAACUUUUGACCCUAAUCUCUGGAGAAAUAAAAAUAACUAUUACUGCUUGGAUUUUGCAACUAUCAUACUGCUGAACACAGAAUUAUCCACUUUUUGGGUUAGCGUCCAAUGAAGGGACGAACACAUGACAAGGUUACACAAAGUGGCAGUCUCUUCAAGUCAAGCUGAUCCUUCCACGAACAACAGUGUGUGCCACCAGCCACAAGUUGUACUUCCGCGAGAAAUAAAAAUAACUAUUACUGCUUGGAUUUUGCACCUAUCAUACUGCUGAACACAGAAUUAUCCACUUUUUGGUUUAGCGUCCAAUGAAGGG